AUGGUUGACGACGGAGGAGAAUACGGUGGUGGCGACAAGGACACCAAGAAGAAAAGUACCGGUAUCAGGCUGAAGUCUCUCCCUCCUCCUGGACCUUCAUCCCCCACCGGCAGUUGGAAGAGCAACGGGGACCGGGACCCCAAGAGCGGAACCGCCGGAGACUUGGAAACGGACCUUGCCAUCAAGACUAACUUGAAUGGGGACUGUCGUCUGGUCAGAGGUCGCCUUUCCUCCAUCACUGACCGACACGCUCUUGGGUCAGAUCCAGCUGAGCAGCGGAGGCUGAUCUCCGAGGCAGACACCGGUGCUAACGAAGAGAGUUACCCCGGAGGGGGCGAGCUGGGAGAGCAGGGUUCCGGCGGUCGCAGUGCUAGUGCACAUCGCCGAUCGUCCGUCUUCGAUCAGUCCACUUUCAUCAAGUUAGAAGGAACCGAACCGAUCAUGUCAGACGAAGCAGAGCAGUUGUACCGGGCGGGUUUCAUGCACCGGCAGUUCGGGGCGAUGCUUCAACCAGGAGUCAACAAGUUCUCUCUGAGAAUGUUGGGGAGCGAGAGGGCCGUGGAGCACGAGAGGGAACGCGUCAAGUCUGCAGGAUUUUGGAUCAUUCACCCAUACAGUGAUUUUAGGUUCUACUGGGAUCUGAUAAUGCUGUUCCUCAUGGUGGGGAACCUCAUCAUCAUCCCUGUGGGCAUCACCUUCUUCAAGGACGAGCACACUCCCCCCUGGAUCGUUUUCAACGUCAUCUCAGACACCUUGUUCCUCAUCGACCUCGUCCUCAACUUCCGGACGGGCAUCGUCAAGGAGGACAACACAGAGAUCAUCCUGGACCCACAGACCAUCAAGAUCAAAUAUCUGAAGAGCUGGUUCAUGGUGGACUUCAUCUCGUCCAUACCAGUAGAUUACAUCUUCCUCAUCGUGGAGACCAGGAUCGACUCAGACUUCUACAAGACGGCCCGGGCGCUGAGGAUCGUGCGGUUUACGAAGAUCUUGAGUUUGUUGAGGCUCCUGAGGCUGUCCAGACUCAUUAGAUAUAUACACCAGUGGGAGGAGGUUUUCCAUAUGACCUAUGACCUGGCCAGUGCCAUGGUGAGGAUCGUGAACCUGAUAGCUAUGAUGCUGCUGUUGUGUCACUGGGAUGGAUGUCUGCAAUUCCUGGUUCCCAUGCUGCAGGAGUUCCCCUCUGACUGCUGGGUCACCAGAAACAAGAUGGUGAAUGACACGUGGGGCCAGCAGUAUUCCUAUGCCCUGUUCAAGGCUAUGAGUCACAUGCUGUGUAUCGGGUACGGGAUGUACCCUCCUGUGGGCUUGGUAGACGUUUGGCUCACCAUCCUCAGUAUGAUCGUGGGAGCCACCUGCUAUGCCAUGUUCGUAGGCCAUGCUACCGCUCUGAUCCAGUCACUGGACUCGUCCCGACGUCAGUACCAGGAGAAGUAUAAACAGGUGGAGCAGUACAUGUCCUUCCACAAGCUUCCUGCCGGCAUGCGACAGCGUGUCCAUGACUACUAUGAACAUCGUUUCCAGGGCAAGAUGUUUGACGAGGAGAGCAUUCUGGGGGAGCUGAACGAACCGCUCAGAGAGGAGAUCGUCAACUUCAACUGUCGUAAGCUGGUGGCUUCGAUGCCUCUGUUCGCCAACGCCGACCCCAACUUUGUGACGUCGAUGCUGACCAAGCUGCGUUUUGAGGUGUUCCAGCCCAUGGAUAGCGUGGUUAUGGAAGGGACCGUUGGCAGAAAGAUGUACUUCAUCCAACACGGGGUGGUCUGCGUCAUCGCCAAGGGCAACAAAGAGACCAAGCUGUCUGACGGGUCCUACUUUGGAGAGAUCUGCCUGCUGACUCGAGGCAGAAGAACGGCCAGUGUUCGCGCUGAGACAUACUGCCGGCUGUACUCUCUGUCUGUGGACAACUUUAACGAGGUCCUGGAGGAGUACCCCAUGAUGAGACGGGCCUUCGAGACCGUGGCUCUGGACCGGCUGGGCCGCAUAGGAAAGAGGAACUCUGUGCUCCAACACAAAGUCACCCAGAACUCAGGAGCUGUGAACCUCCUGGAGAACGCGAUCAUCCAGAGGAUCGUACAACAAGACCGGGACAUGGCCAUCCAGAGCAACAUGUCUCCUCUGUCCCUGGAUCCCGACGCCCUAUCUCCCACCUCCACCCCGGGGGUCAUCUGGGCUCCCUUGGUCCAGGGCCCCCUCCAGACCGCUGCAGCCACCACCUCCCUGGCUCUGGCCUUCUCCCACUCCCAUCUCCACGCCCAGCUCCCUCCGAUCCUCUUUCACCGUCCGCUCUCUGUCUCCGAGUCAUUCAAGGAUCCUAGAGGCCAGGGUCUGCAGAGGGGCAUGUUUGUGGGCGUGUCCAGUGGCUGUGGCUCCGGGGGUGCGUCUCCGGACAGUUCUGUGAUGUUCUGUUCUGGAGUGGACACUCCGAUAUUAGCCUCGCUCCGGGCGCAGCAUUUAGUCUCCACAGCCUCCUCCAUGUAUCCUCUGUCACCUCUGACCUCCAUGUACCAGCCCACCUCCUCCAUCACCUCCACCGACUCCCAGGCUCAGCCCAGCAGAGCCUCUCCCUUCCCCAUGGGCCAGGCCUCCAUCCGGGAGUAUCCACCCUCCUCCUCCACCUCCACCUGCAUGGCUCAGCUCCAGCACCACCACCCCUACGGCCCACCAGGGACCCACCAGCAGGAGGCACCAGGGAGGCCCACCAUGGGCACGCCGAGAUACCCAGCCCACUCAGCCCCCUCUGGUUCCACUCUAAGCCCUCUCAUCUGUAGCCCUGUCAGCCCCAUCCUGAGCCAGCUACAGAACUCUCACACUAACAGCGCUCAGCAGCAGCAGCACGUCAAGAUGGGACCUGGUCAUCAGGAGAGAGCAGGUCACCUCCUCCUCCCCCACUGUCCCUACACGACCACAAGCCCUAGCAACCCCACCCAGCACCACAGCUCCAGUGGGUUUCUAUCUAUAUCUAUCCCAGAACAGGCCAGCGUUGGGGGUGUUGGAGGUGUUGGAGGCAUUGUAGGUGUUGGAGGCGUUGGAGGUGUUGGAGUCCCAUCCUCCCUGGUGCAUCACAGUCUGGCAGACCUCCACCCCGGCCUCCACCCCAGUCUCCUCCCACAGGUUCUCCCAGAGCACUCUGCUCAUUCUUCCCACUUUGCCCUGGCCUCGCUGGCCCAGUACGGGUCAGGGGAUGGCUCCCCGGCCUGUACCCCACCAGUAACACACAGCCCCACCAUCCACAGCCAGCUCCACAGCCAGCUCCACAGCCAGCUCCACAGCCAGCUCCACAGCCAACCCUCCAGCGCCAAUUGCUCUCACAGCUCCCUCACCCCACAGACAUCAUGCCCUCCCCAGGUAGAUGGGAGAGGGCUGAGGGCAGAGUGCAGAGGGCAGAGGGCAGAGUCCCUGGUGGAUCUCUUCAUGCAGGAUGCCAGGACUAUCCCCACUGUUUCCACCUCGGGCUCACACAGCUAUCUACCCCAGGAAGGGGCUCUCUCCAUAUCUUCAGGGGGGCUUGGUUCCUCUCUUCCCAUGGUGGGUGGCAGCAGUAAUAAAUGGUACAGCCCCACCCCAGGGCACGCCACUCCUCUGAGUCACUACACUCCCAUGGGAUCUGAACCUCCAACUGCCGUGAGCCAAAAAGCACCGAACUCUUCGCAUCCCAACCAAAGUCGUCCUGUUACCGGGGCAGAGGACACAGUCUCCAAUCUCCCUUCCAACUUGUGAGGUUUAAAAACACCCUCCUGCGAUGCUUGAACUAGGGCGAAAUUGUCUUUGCUAUUGGAAUUGUGUUUUUUAUUUAUUGCUAGUGUAGGUUUUAUAUUAUUCAAGGAGGGUGUGAGGGAGUACAUAUCUAUAUUGCAGGAAAAAGACUUAGGAGAAAGAUGUAUUUUUUUAUGCAGAGUGAAUGAACAGAGUGAGUUCCCAGCGGACGAAAACUAGUUCUGGCUGUAAACAAUUGGUAAUGAUGUCAUUUCAGCCAUCUUUGGCCACUGGGUUAAGUAUUUUUCUACAGUACAAUGCUACUACUACUGUACUAUGUUGAAUGUGGAGGUACUGUACCAAUAUGGAUGGCUGGAUAAUAUUAAACCACAAGAAAAUAUAUUGACCAAUUUCCGAUAACAUAAAAUAUAUAUUCUAGCCUAUAUCCUCACGUUGUAAUUUUGUGUAAAAGUAUUUGUUAAACAUGCAUAUUUAUCUAACCUUUGACCCUUAUAGAGAUUAUAACAACAAAAUAUAUUGACCUUUUUUAAUUCAUAUGAUAUUUUCUCAGUGUAUUGUGGUUCCCUUUUUCACUUCCUGUUGUGGAAGUGUGGAGAACGUGA